AAGUCGCACUCUGAUGACGCUGCUCUCGGAAGUGCGGUCUAGGCCGGGCCCAGAAAGUCUUCCCCGCUGCCUCCCGACACCCGAUCCUGCGAGAGCGGGCCCGGACGCCGUCGCUGCGUUUCCCGGUCUCUCCUGAGCCUGCCGAGGACACCUUGCCACCACCAUGGGGGGCGGGGACCUGAACCUGAAGAAGAGCUGGCACCCGCAGACCCUCCGCAAUGUGGAGAAGGUGUGGAAAGCCGAGCAGAGGCACGAGGCUGAGCGGAAGAAGAUCGAGGAGCUGCAGCGGGAGCUGCGGGAGGAGCGGGCCCGCGAGGAGAUGCAGCGCUAUGCGGAGGAUGUGGGCGCCGUCAAGAAGAAAGAGGAGAAGCUGGAUUGGAUGUACCAGGGUCCCGGGGGGAUGGUGAACCGGGAUGAGUACCUGCUGGGCCGCCCCAUCGACAAGUACGUGUUCGAGAAGCUGGAGAAGGAGGCCGGCUGCUCCUCCGAGACCGGGCUGCUUCCAGGCUCCAUCUUCGCCCCGGCCGGGGCCAACUCGCUUCUGGACAUGGCCAGCAAGAUUCGCGAGGACCCGCUCUUCGUCAUCAGGAAGAAAGAGGAGGAGAAAAAAAGAGAAGUGCUGAAUAAUCCUGUGAAAAUGAAGAAAAUCAAGGAAUUGUUGCAAAUGAGUCUGGAGAAAAAGGAGAAGAAGAAAAAGAAGGAAAAGAGAAAGAAGCACAGGAAGCGCAAGCACAGGAGCGCGAGCAGCAGCCGGUCCAGCAGCGAGGACGAGUCGGGCCCGGGCCGGGGCAGGUCUCAAAGGAGGGUGACAGAUUCCCGUGUGGUUUUGUCCAAAGUGCCCGGCUAUGGCUUACAGGUCCGGGACCCUGCCCAGGACCGGGGGUCGCAGGGCCCUUCGGUGGCCCAGUCCAAAGGCACCUUCCAGAUGAAGAGCCGGUCCCGGUCCCCCAGCUCCUCCCGCUCCCCGCCCAGACACUCGGGCAAGAAGAGUGCCAGGGACAGGCGGUCACGGUCCCCGAGGCACAGCCGAGUGCACAGCGGGAAGGGCAGCCUCAGAGAGCGGGCCCCAUCCCCAAAGAGAGAGGCCCACACACAGCGGCGAGCGCCGGGCUACACCAGAAAACUCUCAGCGGAGGAACUAGAGCGGAAGCGGCAGGAGAUGCUGGAGAACGCCCGCUGGCGGGAGGAGGAGCGGCUGAACACCCUCCAGAGGCAGGCCCGUGAGGACGAGAGGGAGCGCAGGCUGGAGCAGCAGGACUCCCGCCACGGCCACUUUAUCCACCGCAUGAAGCUGGAGAGCGCGGCCACGUCCUCCCUCGAGGACCGGGUGAAGCGCAACGUCCACUCCCUGCAGCGGACCUCCGCGGCCCUGGAGAGGAGCUUCAUGAGGAGAUGAGCGCCGUCCGGGAGGCCGCCAGCCCCUGCGGUCCUCUUUGUAAGGAGCAGAGCAGCACCGUUCAGAGCGACCCGGCCCCUUCGCAAGCUGUGGUGAAGAUGGGAGCGCGGGCCCUGGCCGCGUGGCCGUGGGGGAGCCUUUCCCCCGCCUGGGCUCCGGUCUUCACCGCACCCUCCUCCCGCCCUCUCCACUGCCGGAAGCCUCUCUCCAAGUCACGGCGUGGGUCGUGCUCACUGGAUAAGUGGACAUUUACUCCCGUGUGUGCGUCACGUGACAGGAGGACGUCGGCUCAGGGCAGAGCCGAGAUAGGGACCGAACCGGGAGGAGAAAACAGCCAAGCAAGCCCCGGCGGACCCAAAGGUUUUGAUGUAAAGGCACAGGCGUGCGCGGGUACUACUGUGUCAGUUUUACACACUGUUAAAAGCGGGCUCGGUGAGAGCGCCUUGUUUGUAAGUGACCGCUGUGUACAGAACCACAGUGGACUUGGUAGGGACACAGCGAGGCGAGAGCUCAUUUCCAGCCUGAGUCAAGCAGCUGAGGAGGCCCGGGCUCCCAGAUGGAGAGACGAUGGGUUCUCCUGUCUCGUGGGGCUGUGGCUGUAGCCGUCAGGACCAUGUUGCCAGUGUACUCCUGGCUCCUCGGAGUAAAGAGAACGGAAGCUGUUGUAUCAGGCCUUCUUUUUAAAUCAUGUAGUAACCUUACCAUAGUUCUCGGUUUUCUGGAGGAGUUUGCUAUUACAGUAUUUUUUAGAUGUUAAAAAAUCAAUAUGGGGGGGCAGGGAUUUAGCUCAGUGAUGC